ACUUGUCAAACGUCACAUUAAACGAGAAAAAUCCCUAAUUUUAAAUCAUACGGUUUUCAAAUUUAAAGAGACGUUUGUUGACAACCGAAACUGGAAUUUGUUUUGGUAUUUUUUGUACUAAAAUGUACAUUUUUUCCCACUAAAUCUCUAAAUACCUCAAAAGUGAGAAGAAAUAUGCCAAAAAAAAGAAGAACUCACAAAAACAGACACAAGAAAAAGAACAAUAAUAAAUGGACUCAAUCUAAGACUGAAACCAACACCUCUACUACAGAUUUUCAAAUACAUGCUGCCCCAAACAUCAGUACAGUUUCAGUGUUUUCCACUCCACAGAAGAUCAACGAUAAUCCACCUAGAAAUGAUACUUUUAAUAUGGAGACACCUGUAAAAAGACGUUCUCUAGAGAGGGUCUCAACGACAAAAAAUAAUGAUGCAUCUAAGGGCAGUGAUGUGACUCCAGUAAAUAAAAGGAGAAGCCUAAACAGACACAAUGACUUAAAGCAACACAGUGGGAUAUGGAAUGUAACUAAUCUGAAUAUGUUAUUUAAUUCAGACGCUCUUAAUAAGAGUGAUAUGUCGAUUUAUAAGAAGGUUGAAAAUAAUGAUAUUAAGCAUAGAUCAAGUUCUAGUAUAGCAAAGUUACAUUCACCAGGAAAAGAAACUCCAUUAUCAUUUACUAAGGGCACUCAAACUGAUGACAUUGAAAUGCUAUUAGAAAAAUCAAACUUGUCAACACCAAGGAUAUCACAAAAGAUGGUUACAGGUAUUGAGCUGAACAAACUCCACCUAGAUCAACCAGCAAAUCCAAAACUGAUCUACAACCAAAUAACCAAAACCAUUAAUGAUGUACCGCUCAAUCCUUACCUCAAAGAUAACGAUUUAAUAAAGGUAGAGUUGGCGGCACAAAAAUCCCGAUGGCAAAAGGAGGCGAGCGUGGAAGAAAUGUCCUUUUUUUCCCCACAAUUAUUUGAUAAGAAAACUAGUUCUACUCCUAUCCAAACUCAAAGGUUACUGAAUUAUAUCAAAAGUAAGGAGAAUUUCGAAAUGAUGACAAUCGGGAGACUUCCUGGUAGAUUGGAUGGGACUCCACUUAGAGAGGCUACAUAUAAAACCCCUAGAUCUGCUCGGCUCCGUGAAAAAGUUCUUAAUAAUAGUUUUGAUGUUAAUGUAUUAGACACAGCAAGGAAAGAAAGGGAAAAUGUAAAUCUCAAUACGCCUCCUUUAAUGGAAAAAGUUAUAAAUAAGGAGCAAAGCAAUAGCAUUAAACUAUUAGGGAGCAAUAAGAAAAUUAAGAUAGCAACUCCCGUUAGCAGGGGACCAAUCAGGGCAUCACCAAAAAUUGGCAGAUUAUCAAAUCAUUCCAGGAUAUUCUCGACUAACUUCUCUUAUUCGAGGUUUAGCAGAAGAAACUCUUCGGAACAUUCGAGAACGCCUAUUAUCAGAGCGGGAGUCUAUGAGAAAUUAAUUAAUAAAAUGAAAAGAUAUAGUAAAGCUUCUGCAAAAUGGAGCGCAAAAAUGAUGGACGCCUGCACUCAAUUGGGAAUACAGAUUAAAAAUAGUUUGACUUCGUUAUGUACAGUACAAAACGCCAAUUUAGCACCAGAGUAUUCCCAGCAGCAAUGUAAGUGCGAGAGCUACAAGGCGGAAAUCAGCAUUUUAAAUGGGAGAAUUUGCACGUUAUGUGAGGAAAUGGUACAGUUGAAGCAGCAAAUUUCGGAUUAUGACCGACGUAGAGGAGAUGGGGUGGACGGGUUGAAGGGGGAACUAGAAAAGAUUAAAACGGAACUUUCGAACAUGACCGACCUUCGCACCGAACUCAUCUCCCUAAAAGAGGAUUUUCGAUAUCUGAAAAGUGCACCAAUAGUAUCCGCUCCGUCAUCGGCUCCUCCAGUACCACCACCGCCACCUCCACCGCCAACCUUACCGCCGCCUCCUCCACCGCCACCACCUCCGAUGCCCAUAUUAACUCAACCACCUUUGUUGGCUUUGACGAAAAAGGCGAAGAGCACCAUCGGAAUGGGGGCAUCGGCCGAUAAGGAAAGCCGACCCGUGAUCAGUUUGGAUGAGAUUUUGAAGGUUAAACUGAAGAAAGCGGCGGACCGACCUUCUACAACCCCAAUGCGUCGCCAACGUUUAAAUUCUACUCCGAUGAUGAGUGACGACCUGUUUAGACAAGUGAAACUGCGAACUUCCAACCGUCCGACCGCGGUGCGCAACAUGGCAAACCUGACGACCGCCUCGACGCCAGGGGGCGCAAGCACUUCUUCUUCGGAAGCGACAAACAGUCCUACGAGUAGUCUGAAUAGAUUGCUGGACAACGGCACCGUAUGGAGGGUAAAACGACUGAGGAAAGUGGGUGGCUAUAGUUUCGAUUCUGUUCACAGGAAGUCGCCGGUGUCCGGAAUCGCGUACCGAAGGGAGAGGGAUGCUAGUUAAAGAUCGUGUUGGCGCUAGUCGGGUUUGGAAAACUAACAAAGGUUUUUUGCCUUUCGAGUUAAACGGAAGUUGUGAAACGUAAAUAGAUCCAUGACAAAGUUGUUAAUGCAUUGUUAUUAUUUAUAGUGUUAUACUAAAAGUAAUAUUUUUUAUAGUUUUGUUUUUAAAUCUGUAUAUUUAUAUUUUACUAAAAGAAUAUGCGUUCGCAAUAAGUCUUGCUUAGCAUAAUACUUGAGAAUAUACACGUUGCAAUUUAUUUAUUUAAAGAGAAGUAUUUAUUACUCAGGUAUACAAUAAAUUAUAUACUGCCACUUG